AUGGCCAAGAAGACGGAAGGGCGUUCAUUUAAUGUGGCCGUUAUUGGGCCAUCCGGAACAGAUAAAGACAAGGGUCAGUGUGGAGUGGGGAAAUCGUUUUUGCUUAAUAGAUUUCUAUAUCAAGUUGCUGAUAAAUAUCAACAAGAACAUAUUUCUGUGUUAAGUCAGAGUGACUUUGCUGGUCGUGUGGUUAAUAAUGAUCAUUUCUUAUAUUGGGGAGAAGUCACCAAACUGGAUGAUGGGAAUAACUAUCACUUUCAACUAAUAGAACAGACUGAGUUUAUAGAUGAUGUGUCAUUUCAACCAUUUAAAACUGGACGUUCAACAGACCCCUAUUACAAGAGAUGUGUAGCUACUAAAGUCCAGUCGUUAGAAAAAUUAAUGUAUAUUUGUAAAGAACAAUUAGGAAUGGAGAAUGAUAACGCUUAUGAGCAGAAGUUAAUGCCUGAUGGCAAGUUACUCAUUGAUGGUUUCAUUUGUUGUUUUGAUGUUAGUAAUGUUAAAGAUAGACCAUUGGAAAAACAAGUUGAGUUUGUCACACUGAUUUUAAACCAGGCGUUAAAGACUAAAAAACCUGUGGUUCUGGCAGCAACUAAAUGUGAUGAAGCUGAUGAACGUUAUUUACGCGAGGCUGAAAGACUGGUGGCGCGGAAGGAAUUCAAAGGAAGCAUUCCAAUAGUGGAAACUUCAGCACAGGAGAAUAUCUUAGCUGUGGCUCAAGAAGCGUACAGGAAUUUACUCAAAGCACAUAUCAUAGAUCCUAAAGCUUCAUGGAAUUUGUCACAAAAGAAGCUAGGAAAGGAAUCUGAUUUUGGACAUUUUGUGGAUUUAUUUGGAACUGAAGUUGCCCAUAAAGUGUUUAAACAACAUACAAGAAAAUUACGUGAUGAACAGAUUCGUGCUAAAGAAAGGAAAUAUUUCAGUCAGUUACCUGCGAUACUUAGUCAUUUUUUACCUAGUCUAGAUUUAGUUGAAGAGAAAUCCUGGUCAACAAUUCAGAAAUUUGUAGAGGAACAUGAAGAUUUUUCUAGAUAUUUUCUGCAUGUUAUUGAAGAUGAAGAGGAUACUUGGAAAUAUCAUGAUAAAUUUAUAGACUCCAAUGAAGUCCGAUUACCAUUUGAUUUGCUCAAUACUCCAGAGGGUGAUACUUGUUAUAGAAAUCAACUGAAUGAAUUACAAGUACAACAUAGGAAGAGAGAAUUACAGAAACGUUUCAAGAAAUUAUUAGAGGAAAACCUUCAGGUAACACCUGGAAAAUCGCUAGGAGAAACUUAUGUAUUUUUUGUGGGAAAAGAGUGCUAUAAUGGACUAGGAGAUCUAGAGAAAAACAUUGUGUAUGAUGAACAUCAACAAGAAAUCAAAUUAAAAGCUAAACAAGACUUUCAAGAAUUAUUGUGGGAAAAAUCUCAAGUAUUUUUAGGAUUAAAUUCUACUGGCAGAUUAACUCCUGAUCAUUUAAAACGGAUUAACCAAGCUUUACAAGAUGAUCCAAGAUAUAAAAUGUUACAAAGAUUGGAGGAAGAUAGAAAGGUGAUGAUAUUGAAUCAUUUAGGUUUUAUAGAAUGUCCCAGUAAAGAUAGAUGUUAUUUUAAAGAUCAAUGUAUAGACAAUCAGGUUCAGAAACUUCUAGUUAGUUAUGCCAGCAGACCAACUUCAACAUUUAUAGAAUCUGUAGAAGAAUUAGAAGGUGGAGAAAAACCUUUAAAUUUAGUUUUAUUAGGGAAAGAUGGUGUAGCUACUGAACUCAACAGAGAAAUAAGAAAAAUCUGUACAGAAGAUGAAUAUGUAUAUCAUAAUACUACCUAUAGUUUAGAUUAUAGACCUAUUGAUGGUGAUGUUAGUUUAGAACACAAUGCUCUUGGAACAGCUAAUUUCAAACCUCAUGAGCAGUCAUUAUUCUCAGAUCUACAACGUGAAGAAGAAGCUACUAUGAGUAGUAUGCAGAUAGUCAUUAUACAGUCAUAUAAAUCUAGUCAAUCAGAAAAACAUCGGGAAAUAUUACGAGAGGAAGGCCAGUCAUUAGCCAGAAGAUUACAUGGAGAGUUUGUAGAAAUACCUGAUGAUGAAGUCUACAGUGAUGGUGACAUUAAAACAUUUACUACUAAACAAGUACACCAAGCUAUUCAAUCAGUUAUUAAACAAGGUUAUAAUAGUUUAGGUGGUUGGUUAAUGACUGAUCAAAUAGAACCAGAUAUCAGGAUAGCUAUGUGUAUGAUGUGUGGAGAUCCAAUGCCAAUAGAAAUACCAUUAGGUCCAUUACUAAACAAUGAAAACUGUCAUGUAUCAACUAAUAGUCCCAAUACAUUGAAUAUAGAUGCUUUCUUAGACUGUGGUAAACAGAAAAUAGAAAUUGAGAUUUCUCCCAAUCAUGGUGGAGGUAGUUUACAACAAGGCAUAUUCCAUGGUUAUAUAUUAGUGUAUUCAUCAAAACGUAGAGCUUCAUUAUCAACAUUACAAGCUUUAGGUAAAAGAUUACCACCAGUACCUAAGUUAAUAGUUUGUGUUGCUGAUAGUGGUGGAGCUACAUCAUUUUUCUCUAGUGAUAUCUCUCAGACAUUGAUUAAAGAAGGCAAUGCUUUAGCUGAUAAUAUUCUAUAUGCUCAUUUUAUGACAACCACAGCUAACUUCCAACAACAGACUGCAGUGUAUAACCCAUUCUUUAAAGAUGCCUGGGAUAGAAAGGAAGACUCAGAGUCAUUGUAUAUAGAACCACUAGAAGAACCUAGUCCUCCAGCAUAUGAGAGACAUAACUAUAUAGAUCAUAGACCACCAGCUAAAUUACCUGUACCAUAUGAUAUGUAUCAUACUACUAAAAGUAGUAGCAACAGUCAAAGUACAGAAGAUUCAGAACCAAUAUAUGAUCAGCCAACACAUCCCAAUCAGUAUCAUUCUGAUAGUGAUAGAGAGAGAGCUUCAUCUACUUCCCCACCACCAUUAGAUGAUAUAUACAGUGAAGUAGCUGAUCCUUCAGUUAAUGGGGAGCACCUGGUACGACCUAGCUAUAUGAACCACAAAGCUCAGAUGAACCUUAGAAUCUUAUAUAAACCACAAAGCUCAGGUAACCACAAAGCCUUAGAUUAUUCUGAACAUGAAUCACAGAGAUGGGAUGAUAGGAAUGUGAAUGGUACAAAUGGAGCUAUAAGUGUCCCUGAUACAAAGACUAGAAGCUUACAGGAAAGAAUAGUAGUUAGCCAUCUGGCCAAGCUCACCUCUUUAAAACUACGUGGACAUCAAGUGUGUGCUCCUCUUGCCAUACCUGAACCUAUAGAAAUAGCCGAUUAUGGUACUGUCAAGGAUGCUGUAAAUCAGUAUGUAGAGAAUGAUUAUGCAUCAGUUGAAGAUGCUUUACCACCAGGAAAAUUACAACGUAUUAAAUCUUCUGCUAAAAAGAAGGAAAAACGUCACACAGAUUCUGAUUCAGAGUUUAGUUCAUUAGAAAGAGAAAGAAGACCCAAACCAUAUAAGAAAUCUAGUAGUAAGAAAUUACAUGGCACAUCCUUCUUUAUGUCUAAAUCUAUGAAUGAUAAUUAUCAACCACGAUUAGCUAUAACUACUGAUCCAGAUACUAGAGGUAUUAAUUCACCAUCAGAAGGUAGUGAAGGUACAGGUGAUGAACUAGCUACCACUAGAAAACCUGUCAAACGUAAAUCAUUUAAACACAAAGGUCGCUAUACAUCGUUUGGUGUACCUAAAAUGUUUAGUCCACCAAUAGAUACAGAACAUCUCAAUUUAGGAUCUCCACCAAUGCUUUCAACUGAUGAUAAUGAUUAUGAUCUCAAUGAUAGUGGUAACUGGAGAAGUUUAUUAAAAGGUAAAACAUAUCGUGAUCCUGAUAAACAGAGAAAGAAAGAAGAAAAGAAAUUGAAAGAUGAUGAAAGAAAGAAACAAAAAGAAGAGGAUAGUAAAGGAUCAGGGCCAUCACAAAGUGGUUGUUAUAUUGAGGACUUCGUUAUGUCAGUCAAUAACCCCUUAAUACCAGUCUUUAUAGAGAGAUGUAUACAAUUUAUAGAGGAAGAGGGUAUGAAAGCUGAAGGUAUCUAUAGAAUUCCUGGUAAUAAACAACAAGUAGAUCUCUUGAUAACCAAAUUUAACGAAAAUCCCAGUGCAGAGAUAGGAUCAUUAGAUUUAGAAAUACAAGUCAAUGCUGCAGCUACCGUCCUUAAAGGUUUUUUCUCUGAUUUAACAGAACCACUUAUACCACCAUCUUUAUAUGAAGAACUGAUAGAAGCUGCAGGUUGGUUGAUUGAGGGCUGUUUUUGUGUCAAUGAUAAAAGCAGUAGAUUGUUAGCUUUACGUGGUGUAUUAAAGAAAUUACAAGAACAGAAUUACCAAGUUCUUAAAUAUCUCAUCACACAUUUAAAUAGAAUAACCCAAAAUUACCAAUAUAACAAUAUGGACUCUGGUAAUUUAGCGAUCUGUUGGUGGCCAACGCUAAUGAGAUUAGAAUUUAAAUCAUAUGAAAAUAUGGCGCUAUAUACUCGGUACCCUGUAGAAAUCUUAAUGACAAUGAUAGAACAGUGUAAUUUUAUGUUUCAUGAAGGUGAUGAGGUUUGA